AUGUCUGACGAAGGUGAUGCAAAUAUUGACAAAUACUAUCAAUUGUAUUUAGCACAACUUACAUCUGGAUGUGAUUCACUAACUUGCACAUCAAGACAUUGCCGUUCUUCUCCAAAUUUCGAACAUCGAGAUAAACAAUUACAAAUCAUUGCCCUAGAACUAGCAGAAGAUGACUCAGAACAUCUAUGCAAACAUCUUAGUCCACUUUUAACCAAUCCAAAAAACAUUGAAUUUCUUGCAAAAGAUGCAAUUUCAUUUCAAAAGCUUAUACGCCAACAACAUCUAUCCGAUGAAGAUUUAAAUAACAUCCAGUUAUCAUUUACCCACGUAGAUAUAUUCUGUCACAUUCUUUUAGGAGAUGAUGGAAUUAUUACUCCGAAUAACUUAUUAUUUGAUGAUUCCAUGAUCGAUGACUUUUACAAAGGAAUUAAAAGAAAUCCCAAGAUUCUGAGUGAAUACAAAGAUUUUCCUCAAUUAAUUGACAUGAUUUUAGCAAAACCACCUUCUCUAACGAAAAUUAGAGGUAUCAUACUUCUUCUUUUACUUUAUGGCGUUCAUACGUGCAAAAACUACAUAAAUAUUUAUCAUACGGUCGCAGCUUUUCAACAGAUCGAAAUUUAUGUAUUAUUUGCAGCCCUUUCCAACCAUCCUUUACUUCUUUCCCAUAUAUUAGAGACGACUCAUGCUUUUAUAAGAAAAUAUCUUAUUGAUAAUCCGGAUGAGCAUCCACACUCAACAAGUAUGCAUGUAAUAGCUGCUGUCAUGCAAAUGUUCUAUACCGCGAACUUAAAUUUCGAUGUUCCGCUUCCUUCCAAUGUAUUUUACAAUGAAAAAUUUUGUGAUAAGCUUGACCCGCGUUGUGAAGCAGAACUUAUCAACAUAACAAGUUUUUCAUACAUAAUUAUGCCAGCAAUUCUUAGUUUGACCUUCAAAACAAGAACAAUUGAGCAAGAAAGAGUUUUGAAGAGUAUUGUUGGAAAUUUCGGAAGAAGGAACUUAGAUAUCAGAGUACGCCGUGAUAAAAUAUUGGAAGAUGCAUUUAUGCAACUCAGGAAUUCAAGAUCUCUUCCAUUUGAACUUCCAAUUAAAAUUCAUUUUGAAGGAGAAACAGGAAAAGACGAUGGCGGACUUUCAAGAGAGUUCUUUGGAUUAAUAUCUCAACAAAUGAUCGAUCCUAGUUUCUCAAUGUUCACUGUUGUGAACGGUUCUUAUCAUUGGUUUAAUAUUAUGUUCAAAGGUGAUCCUGGCUACUUCAAAUUUGUUGGAACAAUUGUUGGAUUGGCUGCUGUUAACUCCUAUAACCUCAAUGUCCAGUUCCCUUCCUUACUUUUCAAAAAAUUGGUUGGAAAGAAGCUGAUUUUGGACGAUUUAGCUGAAAUUGAUCCAGCUUUCGUUCAACAAGUCAAGACAUUUGAUGGGGACUGGGCGGAAUGGGGUCUUUCUUUCGAAGUUUCCGUUCAAGAUAUCGAUGGAACGCUAAAAUCAAUUGAAUUAAAGAAAGGAGGCAGCGAUAUUGCAUUAACUAAUGAUAACUAUAAGGAAUAUAUACAAUUGUAUAUGGAAUACUACAUGAUUACUUCUAUUGAAAUUCCUUAUCAAUAUUUCGAACGAGGAUUCAAAGAAGUUGUAGAAAACAAUGAUAAGAUGAAAGCUUCUGAGACAUUGAAGUGUCUUUCUUAUGAUGAAUUACAAGAAUUAGUUUGUGGAAGCCAGAAAUUUGAUUGGAGCGAGUUUAAGAGGAAUGUUAAGUACUCAGGACAAUAUACUCCAACUUCAAAGACCAUCCAAAUGUUCUGGAAGAUAUUUGAAGAAUUUGAUGAGAAACAAAAGCGAAAUCUAUUGACAUUUAUUACAUCAUUGACGGUUGCACCUGUUGGUGGACUUAAGAAUGUCCCAAUAACAAUAGAAUAUUCAGGAGAAGUUGCAAAAUUCCCUUCAUCUCAUACUUGCAACUUAUUGUUUGUUCUCCCAGAUUAUAAGGAUGAACAAAAACUCAGAGAUAACUUGCUUAUUUGUUUGCAAAACACUGAAGGAUUCGGUGCAAUCUAA